AUGAUUAUAUCAUUUUCACCUGUCAGUAGUUUGAAAAAAAGCUCAUAUUCAACAGGUAUUUCUGAUAUUGUUCGAAUAGCAUUUCAACGUGGUUUUAAUCGUUUCAUAUUUGGUCAAACAUCUUAUGAUUCAGAUGUAUUUCGUUAUGCACAAUCAUUACAACAUGGUAUUCCAGGAUUAUAUGCUGGAGAAUCAUGUCGAUUAUCAUCAAAUACAUGUUCACAUGAUGAACAAUGUUGUUCAGGUCGAUGUUUAUGUCGUCGAUGGUCAAUUAUGGGAGAAGAACGUUGUAUUAGAAAAUGUUUAUAG